CCUGCGCUUUUCGUUGACAGUAGGUAAAGUUCGCAGCCUGAGGAAAUUACGUUGAUCAGUUCGUUACUUCGUUUGGUUCUACGGGUUUAGAAGCCGUUCUAGGAAUAUUAUUGAAUGUUUAAGUGGUUCGUCCCGCUCAUACCUAGAUAAAGUGCGUUUAGGUUAGUCGGACAACAACAGAAAUCACGACAAACUAUCGUCGUACGGUGUGUACAGCCGAUCUGUUUGAUUUGUUGGAUAAUUUUCCAUUCCAGUGCUGUUACCGUUGCUGCAUCCUUUUAUUUUCUUGGCGAAAAUGCGGAACUGUUGACGCGACCAAGUACCACACCAGAAAUAGUUUGGAUGUUGAAAUCGAAUUUGUAAUAUCGGUUUGCAAAUUGUGUGUUCAGCGAAGAUAAUGCUUAAUGGAAUACCAUUGUUUUUGGAUAACCACUUCCUAUAUUUCGACAAUAUUAGUGCUCGUUCGGGAUAGGAUCAGUUUGAUUUCGUUGAAAUAAUGUCGGGAACGCAUAUGAAUAACGAACAGGAACACAGAUCGCCCAGGGAAAGCGGCGAAGACUCCGAAGAUGAAAGCGAAAUUCUGGAGGAAAGUCCGUGCGGCCGAUGGCUUAAGCGGCGUGAAGAGGUUGAGCAGCGUGACGUGCCUGGCAUCGACUGCGCCUUCCUGGCAAUGGACAUGGAAGAGGGCGUGGAGGUAGUAUGGAACGAGGUCCAGUUCUCCGAGCGAAAGAACUUCAAGAACCAGGAGGAGAAGAUCCAGAUGGUGUUUGAGAACCUCACGCAGCUGGAUCAUCCCAAUAUCGUUAAAUUCCAUCGGUACUGGACCGACACCCAUAAUGACAAACCUAGGGUAAUCUUCAUUACUGAGUACAUGUCGUCCGGCUCCCUGAAACAGUUCCUCAAACGUACCAAACGCAACGUACGAAGGCUGCCCCUGCCAGCUUGGAGGAGAUGGUGCACCCAAAUACUCUCAGCAUUAAGUUACUUGCAUUCCUGUUCACCGCCCAUCAUCCACGGCAAUCUGACCUGUGAUACCAUAUUUAUACAACACAACGGGCUCGUCAAGAUCGGAUCAGUGGCUCCCGACUCGAUAAAUCAUCACGUGAAGACCUGCCAUGACGACUUCAAAAAUAUGCAUUUCAUCGCUCCAGAACAUCCUGCCAUAAGUCCCGCUUUGGACAUAUACGCAUUCGGGAUGUGCGCCUUGGAAAUGGCCGCGCUGGAGAUCAUCGGCAACGGAGAGUCCGGCAAAAAGGUGACCGAAGAAAAUGUGAAGCAGACCAUCGACUUGUUGGAGGACGACAGCCAGAAGGACUUUAUCGAGAAGUGUCUGCGGAGGAAUCCGACCGAACGUUGGUCCGCCAGAGAGCUGCUCUUCCAUCCGUUGCUGUUCGAGGUCCAUUCCCUGAAACUGCUCGCCGCCCAUGUGCUGGUUCGGAAUUCAGGUAAAUUAUCAAACAUAUCCGAAACCAUAACGGACGAACUCAUGCAACGAUGGUAUGGACCGGAAGUGAUAGUUGCCGAGAUCCAAAGGAGGAACAGCGAGCAUGUCCAGAUGAAGAUGACCGACGUGCCCGUUAAUGAAAAACUGGAAAAAUUCGUUGAAGAUGUCAAAAAUGGCAUCUACCCUUUAACGGCCUUUGGUGCAAAGCAGCCGCCGCUGGCCCGAUCCAGAGCCAUAUCUCCGGAAAUGGCGGAAUCCGUAAAAUCCGUGACCCCGGAACCGACUGACGUAGAAACUAGGAAAAUUAUUAAUAUGAUGUGUGAUGUUAAGUCCAAAGAAGAGAGCUGUGAUUUACUGUUGACUAUUGUGUUACGUAUGGAUGAUAAAAUGAAUAGGCAACUAACUAGCUGUAUAUCUCCUAGUGAUAAUCCCAAAGUGCUAGCACAAGAAUUAGUCCACUACGGUUUUGUAAAUGAAGUGGAUCGUGAUAAGAUAGCAUCGUUAAUAGAAGAAGCCCUGCAUAAUUCGUCAGGCCACAGUAGUCCAGUGCACAAACACAAUUACAACUCGUCGCUGCCAGACACUCUUCCUACCGAAUCCACAAUGAUUGCACCAUUGCCAGCAGUCAACUCAAUGGGAUCUGCACAAGUGCCCAUGCAUUCUACCAGUUAGUGAAUGGCAGAAUGCAGGUUUUCACUGAUAGAAAACACGUUUCUCAACGCAUCGAUUGACUCCUAAGAACCUGCACUCACAUCCAUCCCCUCUUGAAGGCAGUGUUUCUCAGUGAGGCUUGAUUUGAGGUGCCUCCGGCAGCGCCACUCAACAAUAUCUCCCAGUCAACAAUACAUAUAAGAGAUGCAGGGAUUAUUUGGAUAAAACUCGUUGAGUUAAUUUUAACCGUGUGGGUGUCAGUAGACCUACGCAAGGCUUGUGAUACUACUAAUUUUGUUGGAGAGAACGGGGUAUAAGCGAAAAGGUCCGGGUAUCCGCCCCUUUUAAAACUGAAAAUAUGAAAAGACUGCGAAUUCGAUGUGGGACAUUGCGCUAGUCAUAUUGACCAUACGUUAAUCUGUGAUUGGAGUUCCGAAGACAUGCUGACAUUUAGCGGACAUUUGGACGCCUCGCCAAUAGAGAAAGGCUUUGGAAUAGUUUCGCAUGAAGUAUUCUGAAGGUUUUGCUCAAGAGUGCAAGUUUAAUGCAUCGGAUGUCAUUCGGUUUCGGGCUCGCGCUAUCUGUCGCGCCCCUAAACAGCAAUCUUUGCAUCGUAAAUGUGAAAUUGAUAAUUAAUCUUUCCUUUUUAUAAAAGUGCCAUUGAUGAUUCGUAUUUACUUACAUUUUAUUUAAGCCCUAAAGUAGCUAAGUUUCAUUAAACACACAUUUCUUUUAGUUGUUUGACUGAUUUGGAAGGGGCCAAUUUCGGGCAACAAUCAAUGCAAUGUUGCACGGUUUUUAAGGCUUAAAUUAAUCUAGUUUAACUACUUAUAGCAUUUAAUUUCAUGUUUUUAUAGUGGAUAAGGUCUCAGCCAAGUGCAUGAUUUCUGUUCGGAAUUGGCCCAUUAAGUGAAAGUUAAAAGCAGCCUUUCUACACCCCAAAAAGCAUCCAUUCUUCGCUAAAAUACUCGUCGCAAUUACCUAAACGUUGAUUUGCUCUUUGAGACUGAUUAUAGAUUAAUUUUGCAAAAAAAGCUGGAAGGGAGCGAUGUAGGAGAAGCACUCCAGGAGUUUCAGAGCUUAGAACACCAAAUGGCUAUGGAAGUAACGUUUCAACACCAACUCAAGUGGUUUUGCUACGUAAUUCAGAAAUAUCCUCUACCUCUUUUCUCGAAAUAAACUUUAAUAAAUAGCUACUUCUUGAUGAACACUAUAUUAGUUAAUCUUUAAUCCUUUGAUUGAUGAUCUCAAUCUCCAAUUUAAUCAUUGAUUGUUGCAUUUUUCGCCAUAAUUCAAACAAAGUUGUGGUUUACAAUUAAAACAUAACACGAUUGAGAUCUGCGAAUAUAAACGGCAGCAAAAGUGCAAACAUUCUUAUCUCUAAUUUAAAUUAAAAAUGUAAACUAAAACUUUCAAAUAGGUAAUUAAUUUUCUAGUAUUAGAAUAUUUUAUUUGCGCAUUUGAAUGUUUGCUGCUAACUUUUAAGUAAUUCAAUUGCUUUUCAUUCUUUUGUUUAAUUAUUAUUCUUACGUGAGUUUGCUGAUUUUUGAGGUAAGAUAAUAUCGAUCACACACUUUCAAAUUAUUGAGCUCCAAGACCAAAUUUUCGUGUUUUAAGCUCCAGUGAAGGCCUAUAAACGAACCAAAAGAAAUGUGUCUCAAAACUGCAGUUUUAUUUGAGUUUCCAGCGGUGAUUCAACUUUGGUAAGGUGAAAUCAAAAGUAAUAUUUAAUUUUAAUUAUAGGAAUUUGCGUUUUAAUAGAAAAAUAAAUAAAAAAUGGCUUCAACUACCCAUAAGUAAAUAUCGUGAACUAGACAUAAUGUAUAGGCAUUAAAUCUAUUACUUUUGGAGUUGCAUUAUCAAACAUCAAUGCUGCUGUUGCUACUGCUUUUAAUUAGCGACCGAAUAAAACUUGUACAUACAGUAAUUAUUGUAAUUGUCUGAAAAUGUAGAUAUAAAAUUUUUUUAUUGAAAACAUGUAGAGACUAAAAAGUAAUACAACUACUAUUUAUUAUA